AUGUCCCCCCUGCAGCAUCCCUGGCCAUCUCCUCCGGCCGAUGCAGGCAUCCGUCUUCCAGGUUCCGGUCCCUGCGAGCAUCGGGACGUACGGGGGACAGAACCGGCGGGAAAUUUAAAAAUGUCAAAAAAUGACAUUCACUAAAUACACUAAAAUCACAUAGUAUUAUGUCCCUACUGCUUUGUCCUGUGCCCUGCCUGCAUUUUUACUGUUCUUUCUGUCUUGAAACUGAGAAAUGUCCAUGGCGUCCAAAAAGCGUCCCUUUAGGUCAAAAGCGGUUUUAGACCAACUAGAGAACAGCGAUAGUAAAUUAGAACCACUUGCAGAAUUGA